AGCAGAGAUCUCUGAACCCAACAUGCCGACACUGGACCGCCUCAUCCUGGACUUUGACGAAACUAUUACUACCAGUGAUACUACACCUGUAAUAGCCUCCACCGCCAAACGGCCCACCACAUGCCCGGCCUGGUCCUCUUUCCUAGACGCUUACCUGGAGAACUACAAAAACCACACCCCGCCAGAGCCGACCCACGAUCCACCAACCACUGAAGACUUGCUUGCUUAUCUCGACUCUUACAAGUCCGUCGAGAGAGCAUCAAUAUCUAGAGUCAUAGAAGCAGGCGCUCUCCGCGGGACAACGCGAGCAAGUCUUUUUGCGGCGGGGGCAAGUGUUCCUACACAAAAAGGAUGGGCCGCGUUCGCAAAUUGUUGGUUGGAGAACCGAUCGAAUGACGUCGCUCUCUACCUAUCCUCAGUCAAUUGGUCAAUGGAUAUUAUUCGUGGUACUUUGAAUGCUGCUAAUAUAUGUAUUCCUGACUCCAAUAUUCUCGCCAACGAUCUGGAGUAUGACAGUCAUGGCAUAUCCACCGGUGGACUUUCUGUACGCUUCAUGACAGGAUCUGAUAAGUUGCGAGGUUUGCAAGAACGCUUAGAAACUCUAGAUGGUUGUAUAUAUAUUGGAGACAGCGUUUCGGACAUUCCCUGCAUGCAUGCCGCUUCUGUUGGAAUACUCAUUCGUCCGAGUGAUUCCGUGUCAAUGCUGUGUGAAAAGUAUGGUAUUCCAACCCGGCCCCUUCCCAGCCAACUAGACGAAUGCCAAGCAGGCGUAAUAUAUAUUGCCAAUAACGGUUGGGCGCAAAUACACGCAUUGGCAUGCCCGAAUGAUAAAACCCUUUAGAAUGGAUGCUAAAGAACAUGCACAUGGUUAUGGCAAGGCCAUCUAUCUCUUUCUGCCGCUCCCAGACGCUUUCCCCUUUCCUUUAGCCGAUGAAGUGCGGGCAACUUUCUGCUUUAUCAAUUUGUCACCGGCAAUGUCAUCCUCAUCAUCAACUUCAUCGUCGUCCGCUGCAUCCACUUCGUCAACCUCCACUACGUCCUCCAAGUCUGG